GCCGCCACUGGUCGCAAUACACAGGGGACAGUUGUUUUGUAUGUCACUUUAAUAUCUUUUGGAAAAAAGAUGUCACAGGUCGGGGUAUCUAGACCCUCGACGGGGAUGAGCGUCGGAGGAAAACCCGGGCUCAACUUGCCGGAGAUUAAGCAUCCGUUGUCGCGGUUAGGUGACCCAGGGACGAUGGGCAUCCGUGGAGUGUCUCGAGCUAGUGAUAGACCACUGUCGCAUGCUGGAUCCGUAUCAGGUCGCCCGCUCGCCAAUGAACGGACUUUCUCACCAAGGAAGUCCAUCAGCGCGGGGGGACGCUACUCUAAGCUGAACAAGAGUACUCCUAUGCCCCCUCUCCAAUAUGAAGCCAUUCCCGAAGGAGUAGAGGUCAUGCAAGGAGACGCGUCAAAGACAAGACUACCUGUUUUCGGCCGUAGCAGCUAUGACUUUGGUACCGGAAACCGAGCAGAUGUGGCAGACAGGGAGGAGCUACAGAGUCGAGUGUCGUCCAGACUCUCUCGGGCGUCAGUUCAGUCCAGACUGGAAAUUGACGAGCUCGAGAUGUUGCUGAGGAAAAAGGCCAAGGGGGCAUUUUAUGAAAUCAGGAAGCGCUUCAAAGACAAUGAUCCGGAACAGAAAGGAAACGUUACAAGGGAAGCCCUAGCCCGGAUUGUCAUCUCAUUAAUCCAGCGCCCGAUAAGCCAGUCACAUUUCAACAAACUGAUGGACAGAAUGGGCUACAAAGAUAAACAGAUUGUCAGUUACACAGAGUUCUGCAGCCUGUUCCGAGAGACUGAUUCUUCAGAGUACCCGAGAUGGAUGGAUCCAGUGCAGAGACACUACCAGGAUAAGGUUGUAAUGGGGGCUGACGAGGUACACAUUAACCUCAAAGAGAAAGCAAAGCAAAGAUUCCUCGACUUGGCUGAACUGAUUCCUCAAUGCAACCCGGGAGGCUCUGGCAGAAUCAUGAAACACGAGUUCCGAAAUAUGCUUAACAAAAACCUCUUCUUCAUGGAUGAUGCGGAGUUCGACAAAUUGUGGCGCAUGUAUGACGAGGGAGAUACAGGCAUCAUUGCCGGGGAAACCCUCAUGAACAGACUUGGCAUUAGUCUAAGGUCGGGCACAGGAAAGUUACAGCCAAUCCACGAGUCAAAUAGAGAAAACAAGGAGAAUGCCCUACCGACAAGCGGGAGCAGACGAUACGAAAUAGAGAGGCAGAAAUCACUGGAUGUAGAGAAAUGGCUGAAAAACAAAUUCAGGGAAGGAUUUAGGUCAAUGAAGGAGAAAUUCGAACACUUUGAUGCUGAUAAGAAGGGAAUUGUUAAUUUUGACCAUUUCUUGGACGUCUUAGCGGAAAACGGUCUUCAUCUCGAGAAGUCAUAUUUGAACAAAUUCUUUGCCCGAUGUCAACUGUCGGUGUCGAAAGAAGGGGUUCCAUACUAUGACUUCCUACACAAGUUCCAGGACAGAAGCGAAGCUGGCAUGCCGCAUAAUAUACUCACAGAUCCAAAACAUAGGUACAACACAUCGAGGUCUGGUAGUCCCGGAGCCAAGUCAUCCACAAGUAUUAUCGAAGCUCAAAUGAUGAAUAUGUUCCAGAGAGACUUCUUGUCUUUACUUGGAAUAUUCCACAAAAUUGACAAAUAUGGCACAGACCUGAUCUCGCAGGAGGAGUUCCGCGCUGCCAUCGAGAGCCGCUUCAGCCUGGCGAUGACGGACGACCAGUUCCGCGGACUGAUAGACAGAGUCCCCCUGAACAGAGACGGCUUGGUGAAGUAUGCAGACUUCAUGGCACAAUUUGAUACGAAGGGUAAAGCGAAGAGCCUGUUCGAAGAGCGAGAACAGCACGUACCGGUGGCAGUGAGGACGCCGAGUCCGCUGGAAAUGCUUCAAGAGGGUGAGGAGGCGAUGGACUUGGACGUACCCGCACCAGAGAGGAUUGUCAUCCACCAGGACGAGUUGGUGGAGGACUUCCCCAACCACCGCCCGACGCUCGUCCUGUUCGGGGCGAUCAAGGACCUGCUGAAGAGGCGAUUCCAAGACGUGGAGAGGGCAUUCUAUGACAUCGAUGAGUAUAACUCAGGAAAGCUCACCCAGGAUAUGAUGUACAAUUUAUUGAAAAGGUUCGAUUUCCAUCCGGAAAUCAGUCGUGGUGAGAUCCGAGACCUCUGGGAUACGUUCAUCACCAAUCAGAACAACAGCCUCGAGUAUCAUCAGUUCAUCCGCCAUUUUGGCUACUCUCUCCGGUCGGCUGCUUUCCCCAACGCGAAGGUGUGUCCCCCGAAGAAGGGCGACUCUGACAUGAUGAUGAGGUCGAGGAAACUGAAUGCAGCGUCCGAUAUGCUGCAGGACAAUGUCAGAGCUAAGAUCGAGUAUCUCUGGGAUGACCUGAGACAGGAGUUCCUGGGCAUGGAUCCUCACCGCACAGGCUUCGUGGAGAUAGACACAUUCAGAGACAUCCUCAUCGACCUGAACAUCCACCUGAGCGACUAUGAGCUCAACAAGUUAUCAAGACAGUUUGACUUGAAAAAGGACGGAAGAAUAUCUUACAUUGAACUGCUGAAGCCAUACGCCAUAAAACGUCAGACUUGGCGUCACGGAAACAAUAUGCUGUCCCUUCUGACCCACCCGGCCCCUGAGUUACCCAUCGGAGAUAUAGUGGAACCUCCACAGAAAGGCCUUUAUGGAAUCACGGCCAAGUUAAGACAAAAGCUUGCGGGUGACUGGAAGACCCUGAGGCGAGCCUUCAAGAAACUUGACCAGGCCAACGUAGGGUACCUCUCACUCCCAGAGUUCAGGACAGUACUGAGGUUAGCCAAUGUGCUCCUGGACGAGGAGGAGGUGUAUCACGUGAUGACGGAGUUCGACGAGGGCAUGACGGGAAAAAUAUCUUAUGAUAGGUUUUUGAACACUAUGACGCCGAAUACCCGACAAAGCCAGCGGGUGAAUCUCGGGCCGACGAAACAGUAGAAUAGGCAAUGACGUUGCUGUGAAGUCGUCAGGGCCCGUUGCUGCUUGUUUCAGAACCCAUUGUCUUUGAUAGAGGUGUUUUCACAGCUCGUAACGGCUCCCAGAUGAUUUCACAGUAGAAUAUUAUGUGAACUUGAAAGCUGUGAUGAUUUGUUGUCAAAGAUUGUAAAUGAUGCGGUUUAAAGUGAUCUCCCGGCCUUCUGGUUGUGACUAUGUCCGUGCAAAACCAAUGUGUGAUGAAUGGAAACACCACGGAAUCUCUCACAGCGGGGAAAUAUUCUUGGUCUCAUCGAAAGGCGUGAAGGAAGGAGGUUGUUUCGUCAGAUCAAUUUCAUAGACAACUUAACAAGGCUCAGGAACGCGAGCCCGAUACGAAUACAGCACUUGUGUUAUAGGAAGGUGGUGGCCUCUAUAGGUCGAGCUGGAGAUGAUGUAUUGGGAUAUCAGCAUGAUUGUGUUAGCCACCUUCGCACUGGGACGAGGACUUUGUGUAUGGGCAUAUUUUCUGUCUUGCUUUUGGAGAAUAUAGGCUCCCAGCUCUAACAGAACCUUAUAAUCGUAUGAUAAUUUCAACUAAUCUCCACUGACAGGGUUUAUUUAGAUUGCCGCUUGACAAUCAUUCAAUCAUUUCAUUUUAGAUCUAGACACAGGCGCUUUUGCAAAUUCUAAAAUAUGAUGGAAACCGUAUUGUUUAACGGUUUGAACUCGGACAGAGUUAUGAAUUGAAUUGCUGACUAAUAAGUUUGGGAUCCUGACUGCACUUAGCUGUCAUGGUCGAACUCUAUAAACACUGAGGCUUACUGUGUUCAAGUGUGGCCUCGCCAGUGGUCGUAGGGCAGUUUCGCGGUUAGAAUGUUGGGUGAUUGAUACCAGUUAGCCUGUUAAACAAUGUGAUAAAUUCACACAGAUGCCAAAUCUUGAUUUGAUACAGUUGUGCUGUUAUGUUUUAAUUAAAUCCAUUAUGCAAAGUUUGUAUAUUGUUGUAUUAUACAAUGUAGCUCCAAAGCCUAGAAUGUGAUAACUAUCUUUUUGAGAGUGACUGCCAUUAAUGUUAACCCCAAAUUUGAAGUUCGGUGUUGCCAAUUUGGAAUGGACCAUGCAGUUUAACAAACGCACCAAAUAACUUGCACCUAGCGCACGAUGCCCUUCUCACAUAUCAAAGAAUUUCUUGUAUUUUUGUACCUUUCCAAAAAAGGACGAAAGAAAAAAUUAAUUUUGGAUUGGACAGGACGUAUAUAUAUAUCGAUAAAGUUUGUCUCUUCCGAGGACGGCGCCGCCGUCGUGGAAAUCGGUCACAAUCAGCACAGCAUUUGCGGGCACCGCGGGCGAAAAAGCUAAAAUGCGGUUGGAGCGGGUUAGGGUAUAGGCCUAGGUUGUGAAUAUUUUUGUAUAUUUUCGUAUCCUAUGUCCAACUGUGCAAUCUUUAGUUUGUCGCUCUAUUCUCGUCCGGACCACACCCAACCGCUUUUCUAGAUAAACUAUGUUAGCGUGCUUUGCCCUUUUUUGCUUUUUUACAACAAAACCCGCCGAUUUUUCGAUCAGCCGCGACGUUGUGUUUUUUUCAGGAAAGAGACGGAUUUCUCUGUUAUACAUUUAAUUCUACGUUAUUGUAAAUUCUGUGCACGUAACAAUGUAAAAAGAAUGUAUGACUUGGUCAUGUUUCAAAUAAAAUGUGU